UUAUAUUGAGACAAAACUCACACCACUGCUUUAUGCUGGAACCAGACUUUCAUGUAAAUUCAGUCUUUUCAAGUUCUUUGCAGCAUUGUAUCUCUGCAUUCUUAACUUUGUCAUGGCUCUGUCUCUUCGUUUCUAUGGAGUUUUUGUUGUUCUACUAGUUUCCCUCCUCUUAAGUAAAGCCUCCUCUACCUCUCACCACGAGCAUCACCACCAACUCAAGUCCCUCCACUUUGCGCUCUUUCAACACGAAACCAUAAACAGAACCGGAUAUAUUGUAGUGAACGGUGUAGGUGGAGCAGGCAUUAGUCAAACCACUACACCUUUUGGCACCGUGUUUGUUUUCCAGGAUCCGAUGACCGUCACAGCCAAUCGAUCUUCGAAAGUAGUUGGAAUGGCUCAAGGAACUUCUGUCACCUCCAGCUUGGAUGGGCUUCAGAGCAUCUCAGUAGCUAAGAUCACUUUGCGUUUAAAGCACCACUCUGGUUCAGUUUCCAUAGUAGGAGGCACCCAUAACGUUAAGCCCUCUGAUCAUCCUGUUGUGGGAGGCACUGGUGAUUUCCUGUUUGUGCAAGGCUAUGUGACAUCAUCCCCAGUCAAUCUUAAGGGACUUACUGUUGUCUACAAGAUUGAAUUUCACCUUUACUGGCCUCCAUAUGCAACUCAAGGUUCUUAGUGGUUUGAUUAGUAUCUCAACUUUAGCUUUAAUGUUAUUCUUAUCUUAGGAUGUAAUAAGAUCGAUUAGAUUGUGGAUUAUCUUUAAAUCCAUUUAAUUUCAAAAAUAAAUUUACAUAACACGAAUCAAAAUUUCGAUCCUGUAAUUAACAUCAUAAUGAAAAUACAGAAUUUCCAAGUUACAACUGA